GGAUGACACAUACUAUGGGAUAGGAAAUUCUAUACAACGCUCGCUUCACGGCCCAUACUCCACCGCAGAAGCGAUUAAAUGAAAUUUUGUAGUUUAUCUACUGCCAACGCGCUGAAUUUCUUCAGAUUUAAUUUUUUUCCGCUUCAAUUUCGGCUGUUCCUGCGUCAUCAAAUUUAUUAGGUAGUGGCUUGCCCUAUCUGACUGCAUGCUUUCUCACCAAUGGACAUUCCACCAACCGAAGCUGCAUCACCUUUGAAAAGAGGUCGUUUUGUCAAUACAUAUAGGCGCUCGCCGACCACUACAAGACUAUCUUUGGAAGACCUACCAGUGGAAAUACUAUUGCUUAUAUUUGACCGCUUGGAAUAUUGGGAAGUCUGCAGAGUCUCCCAAGCCAAUAGAUAUAUCAACGAUGUAACCUCGAGUCACUAUUCAUUAUGGCGACGGGUGAUAGAUUGCAUUGAUGAAAGUGAUAACGCGCUGAAGAAAAAUAUGGUCGCCCUUCAAAUUAACUUGAUGAGACUUCGACAAGAAUUUCAGCAAAGUUGUGAUGAUCUAUUACAGCGAUUUAACGAGACCGAACAACGAAGAAUCCACAAAGAACCGUCAUGGCGUCCACCUGAAUAUGAUCAAGCAAAUACAGCAUCAAAUAGGGAUGAACAGUUGGAUUGGCCAGUAUCACCAAAAGAAAGUUGUUCUUCAUCCUCACUUUCAUCCGCUUCCACAUCACUUGACUUAUCAUCGGGAAUCGAAUCGCAUAGCCGAUCACCGCCGUUGACCAUCGUAAAUGAUGGAACCUUGAGCAUAUUGCAUCCUCAUGGCCAUGAAUCCGUUUCUUUGACUAUUCUCAGCAUUCCAGACAUUUGUAAGCAAUAGAGAGUUUGCAUUAUUAUUUUUUUCCUGAUAGACAUCUGUAUACCCCACUCCCAAUCGUCCACUAGCCCCCUUCCUUUUUUUUCCUACGUCUUAAAUUUUUCCGCAUCAUUCUUACGUACCACUUAUGGGUGGGUUUUACUCUUGCAUGAUGGCAAGCUGACAUUAUUGAAUUUUUUUUUUCUAUAUAAAUGUACCUUAUUUCUAGCGUUUUUCCCACAACCAU